AUGGCUGCCGCGUCAACGGAUGAUGACGUCGAAUUGCCGACGAUACGGUUCACCGCUCGACGGCCCGUCGUCACCUUGGGCGAGUUCGCAACGUCGCUCAUCGAUGGGGAGAUGAUGCCGUCGAGGCAUGCCGACGAAAUCACGGCGCAGCUGCUGGACAGAAAGCACACGAUGCGCCGUUCGGCCUCGGUCAAUGGGCAGCGGACUUGUCGGCUCGCGACCUCCGUGGUGGGGCCGGGCGGCAUCCGGUCCCUCGAGGCACCGCCGGACCGGAUCCGCUCGAAUCGCGGCCCCACAAGGCAUCUGCCAGGCCCGCUCGAACGAGGACUGGCGGGCAUGAGAAUGCUGUCGACGAGCGGCCUUUGCAGCGUCAAGCGGCGCGGCGCCCAUUAA